CUUAUCAUCAACACGCGUUCUUCCUUUCUUAUUGCCCUCUCAUCAUCACAACUAUGCCAAAAGACACCAAAGUACCAACAGCCCACAAUGGAAAACGCAUCGCCACGACUCAUGGCCUCUCAAAACAAGACGAGGAGCGCAUCGAGAAAGCGCUUCGUGACUCAGCCAGAGUGAUAGCGCCGACUCCAAUCGGCACCGCACGCAACGCGUUGUACACCCAUCACAAAGACCUGUUGCUCACCCAAUUCUCUGCUAUUUGGAACUUCACUAAGACGACGCACGAUUGGACCAGGGCGUCGAUCGGCAAAAUCCUACAAAAUUACGUGUUCGACUUCAACAAGAAGAACGGCACUGGUCGCAAGCCUGGAUCUGGGCGCAAGGGUGCACCUGGACGUAAGGCAGGAUUGCAGCCAGACAAGGCACUCGGCAAGGCGGAGGACGAUGGACGUUCGUCUAAAUCGGGUCCUGUCGUUGCCAGCCCUGCAGUUAAGCGUGGACGCGCUCACCAACAGUCAGCCACAAGCAGCGCUUCCUCGGGGUUCAAAUCCAUUAACAAACCCACGACCUUGCCUGCUUACCAUGCCAUGGGCUCUUCCUCUUCGCCUCUCCGGUCAAACAGCACUUCUUCACAGUCUCCCAUCGAUUCUGUUCUUCCAAGUGUUUUGAACAUCCCAUUUCACGAGGAGCUCGAGGCAGCAAUCAAAGAAGCAACUACCUAUGCCGCCCUCAACGGGUCCAGGUUUUCAGAACAGCGCCCUUCGACCAAGCUCCCUGAGAUAAUCGUGGCCGUCAAGCCGAGCUUAGAUGACCAUUUAGGCCGCAAGAUUGUCUCAUUCCCACUUUGGAGAUGCCAGGUGCCCAUCGACGGGAGGGAUGCACCGCCAGAAGCCUUCCAAGACUGGCGAGACCUCUCGUUCCUCGAUUUCGUUCGCCAUCUCAAGGCCGAAGAGGUCGUUUCAAAAGGCGAUGUGCUCGUCUGGGGGGAGUUCGAUCAAAUUGUUAGAAGCGACAUGACCUUUGCUGGCGCAAUCCAAGAGCAACUUCAAGACGCUGGCCACAACGGUCUAGCAUUCAAUGAAGCGAACUUCGCUGUCGUCAAGGGCUCGUCGAAGAGCUUGUAAGGCGCUAUGAGCAAAAGGAUCCGAGCUGAAGUCAAUGGGAGCGGAGAUGACUGCUGCUUGGGACCGAAGAAAGAAGUGGACAGAUAUUGCUUGAGGCUAUGACGUUGAUGACAAAGGGGGCUCUUGUUAAAAUUCAGACUUUGCUGUAUCUUUCUUGCUGCAUGCCUACAUCAGUUGAACAUAGCUAGGGAAACAGCAUAGCUUCUAGCAAGGAAUU